GUGGAGCUACCCGGGGAGGAACACUACUCCCGGAAAUACAUGGAUCAACAAGCGAGGCUGGAGGAGAAGAGGCUACAGUGUGAGGCAAAAAUAACUACCAACUUUCCUCGUGAUGAAGAGUUGUACUGCCCAAUGAUGUGGGAUGGCGCCAUCUGCUGGCCGUAUAUCCCAGCCGGGACCCUUUAUGAAAUCCCUUGUCCUGCCUAUGUGCAUGGAUUCAACACAGACGCUUUUGCAAGUAAACUUUGUACCAGCGACGGCACCUGGUGGAUUAAUAAAGACCGUAAUAAAACCUGGACGAACUAUUCUAUGUGUGUGACUCGUCACAUCGACCUUCAGGGAGAACCCGAAGAUUCAGAGAUCAACAUGUACAUUGAUGGAUUCUUCGAAUGUGAUAUGUUGUACAAAGUUACACUUUCAAGCAAUUUAGAAACAUGA